AUGAUGGAAAUCACUGUCGGUCAGGUCUCCGGUCUGUUGGCUUUAGGGUCUUUUGUCUGUAUGUCUGUCGCCGGCAGAAUCCUCCAGAGUUCCUGGUGGCCUACCAUCCUACGCUUCGAAACAGUCACCGCCGAUGGUCUGCCUUGGGACAUCAGUUUCAUCGUCAAGAUGGUGCCGCUCUCGCUAUUGCUUAUCUCAAUCACCGGUGUGAUCACGCCGUUGGGAUUGCAUGACACUAUGGUCGCUGCCCCUGUGCAGGCAGUGCCUUUUGAAUAUGCGAUGGAUGAGUCUCCGUUUGGCUAUGGAACGCCUCCACGGAGUAAUCUUUCGUUCAAUCGUCGUUGCGGAGCGUUCGCACCAGUCCAAUGCCCCGGUUCGGACACCGUGAUAGUGAGCCAUUCAAACGGCAGUUGGGAGUUACCUUAUGGCUACAACCUGAACGUUCCGGACGAGGUUUACCAGACGUUCUCCAGCGGCACCGGGGGCAAAGGAACGUCCGUGUCCAACUUUUUCGACAUCCAGUGGCGGCAGUACUCCAUUGAACAGGAGCGUACGUCGAACAAUAACUCGCAAUAUAUCGUUGGCGUUUACCGUCAGCUCGAGUCAAUCAUCCUGGACACGGACAGGGUUCUCAUUGAAGGACUAGUGGUCGACAUGAACAACACCCAGGUUGGGCUGCGGAAUCACACUGUCCCGACUGGGUCCAGAAACGGCGCUCUGUGGUCGGAGGAUCUCCUCUUCAUCCAGCCAGAGACCGAGUGUGUCAGUCACAACUUGUCCAUUGACUUCACCAUCGCCAAGAGCGACUACUACUCCAGCAGCUUCAACAGCCAGACCCUUGCUGCCAUCAACAUCUCCCUGGUCGAUCACGGCGGUUUCACCGACAUUGUCCAGAAAUACCCGUCAGGCUACUGGACUGACGCGCAGAACGACCCGCAGCUCCGUGAGAGGGCAUACAAGGCCGCAUGGGUCGCAAACGCGGCGACCAUGUUAUACUUCAACGUCACGAACCCCAAGUCCUCCAAGAGAAAGUCCUUCUCGUAUCUCGACUCCCACAUCGGCCGCGAGUUCCCUCUCUUCGGGGACGCAGAUCUCAGACAGUUCCAGGGUCUCCGCACGAGCCAACUGUUCGACUUUGCCACAAACACCAGUACUCUCAUAAGCACAGGCAUUGGGGGCAACGCGACCCGAUACCCCAACCCAUGGAAUGUCGACCAGGACUAUUUCGACGAAGCCAGGCUCCUCUGCGCUGGCGCUGGCGGACUGGACCGCGCGAAUAUUAGCAACAUCGACGUGAGCUGCGGACUUCUGCUCGGCGCAGCACACCGCGUGGAUGGUGUUGAAACGUCCAUCUUCGAGCAAGGGACCCGCUGGUCCAUGCCCAUCUACACCUGCGCAACCGCCGUCAAAACCGCGAUCAAAACCGUCGAGUUCAAAGCGCAAGGCACCCGCCUGCGCGACGCACAGGUCGUCAGCAUCACCGACAAGGUGUAUGACAACAACUCGCCCGCGCCCCUCUGGGGUGUUGAGAACCUCCAGCUGAACCUGAGCGAUGUCAGACCCCUCUGGGGCCUGGUGGCCGAGGACCGUGCCAACCAGCCCAACCUGGCCACCGUGCGCAAAUCCCACCUCUACCUGCCGGGCUACACCACCGCCUUGGGCGGCUACACGCCCUCGGACAACAUGCCGGGAGCCUCCUUCCACGGCGUCGCCCUGAGCCGCGCCUAUUCCAUCGGCAGCACCAGCAUGUACAACGACGACAUGGGCGACUACACCGGCCGCACGAACGUCGCGCUGUUCACCCGCAUGCAGGAGCUGUCGCGCACCCCCGACACCGCCGCGCACAUCCUCAACCUCUUCUUCACCGACAUCACGUCGAACCUGAUCGUCGGCACGAGGAGUCUGCUGGGUUCUCCGCGGGACGCGGGCUACGACGGCGCCGGGACCGUCAACUCCAACGCCGCGCCCUUGGUCAAGCGCGUCAAGUUCGACUACCUCUACGGCAUUCCGGCGUACACGACGCUCGCGCUGUUGUUCUUGGUGGCGCUUGUGGUGCUCACGCUGGUCCUGUUGGGUAGGAUUACUCUUCAGCGCGUCCGGCGCCUUCUCGCCCGGACGUCGACCGGACGUAUCCUCACCACUGGCAUCUACCCGGAGUACUCCAAUCUCGACAUGAGGAGUAAUGACUGGAUUCGCAGUGCGGGACGGAAAGAUAUUGACCUUGCCGGUGCUGUCCCGACCAGCGAUACUGAGUUCAUACCUCUCAAUCAAACACAUUAUCAAGGGAAGUCGUAA